GACAUCCUAGAAGAAAUCUUCCUGCACCUCCCCCCCCAUCAGGUGGUUUGUGUUUGUCGGUUGGUGUGCCAUCAGUGGAAAGAAGUUGCUGACAGUGAGUCUUUCUGGAGGGAAAGGUGCAGAAGGGAAGGAUACAAACUACCUGCUGCUUCUAAAACACCUGAUGACUGGAGGUUGUUUUAUUUCUUGUGCAAGAAAAGGAGAAAUCUGCUCCUCAAUCCACGAGGCGAAGAAAACAUGAGCGGUUGGAAGAUAAUGGAGAAUGGCGGUGAUCAAUGGAAAGUAGAGGGUGUUAUGGAGCCACAUCCUAAUGAGGCAAUCAAGACCAAUUUUGUGACUUCUUAUGGCAUGUGCAGAAAGUCACAGACAAUUGAUCUGGUGAAGGAAGGUUACAGCCCUUCAUUCAUGGAUACCUUCCAGCCACAAAUAAGAAUUUCAGACUGGUAUGCACCUCGAUGGGAUUGUGGCAGCGAAUAUACAAUCUUUGUGCAGCUGCUGAGUCACAAGAAGAAAGUGAUUGCUGAAUUUACUCCUGAUAAGGUUUACUUCCCACAGUGGAGUGAUCAGAAGUGGCAUCAGAUGACCCAUGUAUUCAAAGACUACGGGCCAGGAGUCCGAUACGUCCAAUUUGUCCAUGGUGGCAAAGAUCAGCAGUUCUGGGCUGGAUGGUAUGGCAUUCGUUUAACAGAGAGUAGCGUUGAAGUAUGUCCAGCAAUAGAU